UUGAAAAGUCUUCCUUCUUCUAAUUAAUGAAAUACAAAUAAUACUAAUUAUACAUCUUUAUACGAUUGUUUAUCAUUUAAGGAAAUCAGUUACUAAAAAUUACCGCAAAGGUCCGCAUUGUCCUGACAAAGAUACAUAGAUUAACACACCUAUAUAAGUAUAAUUAGUAAUCUAAUUAACUUUCCUAAUCCCAAUUUCAUAUAGGCAAACUCAAAAUGAUUCAAUUUCCUUUCUUCCUCAUCUCAAUCUUUUCCCUUCUUUCUCUGCUAAAUGCAGCUAGCCUCAUUCCAGACACUUGCAGCGAAAUCGUACACUCCGACAGGAACGUGGAGUACGACUUCUGUGUCAAAGUACUCGUGUCGGAUCCAGGAAGUGCAACGGCAACAACCGUUGCACAGCUUGGAUCCAUCUCAUUUCAAUUGGGUCUAUCCGAAACCAAAACCAUAUCAUCAAAAAUUGGUACACUCUUACAGGAUCCGAAGCUCGACCCGUCUGAUAAGGAUGCACUGAAGUCUUGUUCUGGUAUUUAUUUGGAAGCACAGAAAGAUUUAGAAGAGGGUUUGAAGGCUUUUAAAAGUGGGGAUUAUUCGAAAGCAAAUAAAAUGGCAAAUGGUGCAGUGAUUGUUCCUACUGCUUGUGAAUUUAUGUUUGCUCAAUCUCCUUUGUCUAAGGAGAAUGAUUAUUUCUUUCAAUUAGCUGCUAUUUCUCUUGAUUUUACUGAUUUGUUAAGCAAGAUCACCAUUUCUCCUACCCAAUACUUGGAUCUUAAAUUAGUUUUUAUUUGUUCAUCCUUUUUUUACAAAAUGGAGUAUAAUUAUAUGUCUCAAAUAUUCAUAAUUUUAUUCGUGGCUUUACCCCUAGCAAAAGCAAGAAACCUAGUAACAGAUACUUGCAUGAAGAUCUCAAAGGCCGACCCAGAAAACAUCAAGUAUGGUUUCUGCGUAAAGACAUUCGGGUCGGAUCCUCGGAGCACGAAAGCAAGUAGUGUUGAUGAACUAGUAGAUAUCUCCUUUAACCUUACUUCAUCCAAAUCAAAAUCGAUUACCUCAACCAUUAAUCAAGUACUCCUGAAAGACCCUAAGUUCGACCCGUUUGCCAGGAGCGCGUUGGAAACGUGUUCGGACCUUUAUUCGGAUGGUUUGGAUGACUUGCAAACGGGUCUCGAGGCGUUGAAAGGCGGGGAUUUUCCCACAGCUAUGUCACGAGUAAGUGCAGCGUUGGAUAAUGGUCCUGAUUGUGAAGAUACAUUCAAGGAGAAGGAAGGGGAAGUGUCUCCUUUGACAAAGGAGAAUGAUGAAUAUUUUCAUUUAGCUGUUAUUUCUCUUUCUCUUACUGUAUUGUUGAAAAAAUGACUUGACACAAAAAAUCAUUUUAUAUAAAAUAAUAACAAUCUUCGUUUAUUCA